AUGGCCAGCCCCGGGAAGCCUGGGGCUGGGGAGGCCCAAGAGGAGGAGGGAUGGGACGAGGGGCACGCCCCAGGGCCACCGGCAGCGACGCUGGAGCAGGCCCAGGAGCUGUUUCUGCUGUGCGACAAGGAGGCCAAGGGCUUCAUCACCCGGCACGACCUCCAAGGCCUGCAGAGCGACCUGCCCCUCACGCCCGAACAGCUGGAGGCUGUGUUCAAAAGUCUGGACCAGGCGCACACCGGCUUCCUCACGGCUCGGGAGUUCUGCCUUGGCCUGCGGAAGUUGGUGGGUGUGGAGUCCGUCUCGGGUGCCCUGCCCUCCCCGGCCCCAGAGGAAAUCUUCGAGGCGGGCUGGUCGGAUGUGCAAGGCCCCGGGGGCUCCCUGGAGGAGGAGGAGAGAUUCUGCUCUGCGCUGGAGCAGCUGGGGGCGGCCCGGGUCCUGGGUGAGCAGCGGGCAACUCAGACGCUCUGGACCCGGCUGCAGCGUGAGCGACCCGAACUGCUGGGCUCCUUCGAGGACGUUCUGAUGCGAGCGUCGGCCUGCCUGGAGGAAGCGGCCCGAGAGCGGGAGGGCCUGGAGCAGGCGCUGCGGCGGCGGGAGAGCGAGCACGAGAGGGAGGUGCCGUGUCUGUACCAGGAGUUGGAGCAGCAGCUUCGCGAGCGCCAGCGCCUGUGGCUGCGGAGUCAGGUGGGCCCGCAGCGCCGCCCCGCGCCCGGCCCAAGCGCGGACGCGCGGGGGUCCCCGGCCCCGCCUUCUGCGAAGCGGACCCACCCGCGCUAG